AUGGAGACAAGUCAGGAAAGAGAUGGCGGUGAGGGGGUGGCAGGGCAGGAGCUGGGUGGUGGGGGGCUGAGGCUGAGGCUGAGGCUGAGGAGGGAGAUGGGCUUGGGGAGCGCUGUGUCCUUGAUUGCUGGCUGUAUGAUUGGCUCUGGCAUCUUCAUUUCAUCACAGGGGGUCUUGGUCUAUAUGGGCAGCCCUGGGGCCAGUCUUGUGGUCUGGGCAGUCUGUGGCCUCCUGGCCAUGCUGGGUGCCCUGUGCUAUGCUGAGCUGGGUGCCCUGGUUCCUGAGUCCGGGGGGGAGUAUGCCUACAUCCUGCGAACCUUUGGCUCCUUGCCAGCCUUCCUGGUCAUCUACACGUUUGUGCUGCUGGGCAGACCAGCCGCCAUCGCUGCUAUCUCUCUGAGCUUUGCUGAGUAUGUAGUGGCUCCCUUUUACCUGGGCUGCUUCUCACUGCCCCAGGCUCUGCUCAAGGGUGUGGCUGCCACCUGCAUUCUGCUGCUGAUGCUGGUCAACUGCUGGAGCUGGUGGCUGGCCACUAGGCUGAUGAAUGUGUGUACGGCCGCCAAAGUGUUCUCCUUGCUGGUCAUCGUGGGGGUUGGCGCUGUGGUGUUGGGCCAGGGCUGUGGCCGCACAGAAGCCCUUCUGUCUGCCUUCCACAACACGACACAGCAGGCCGGGCGCAUCGUCAUGGCCUUCUACUAGGGCCUGUGGGCCUUUGAUGGCUGGAACAGUCUCAACUAUGUGAUGGAGGAGCUCAAGAAUCCAAACCAGAAGCUGGUGUGGGCGCUGACGAUCGCCAUCCCCCUGGUCACUGUCCUGUACAUCCUGGUCAACAUCAGUUAUCUGCUAGUAUUGUCACCCAGUGAGAUCCUUUCCUCUGAUGCUGUGGCUGUGGGCUGGGGGAACCAGGUUCUGGGGGGCUGGGCCUGGCUGAUGCCCUUGGCUGUUGUACUGUCGACAUUCGGCUCUGCCAAUGGGACGUUCUUCAGUGGAAGCCGUGUGUGCUAUGUGGCUGCGAGAGAGGACCACAUGCCCCGACUUCUGUCCAUGGUUCAUGUGCAUCGCCUCACACCAGCUCCAGCCCUGAUGUUCACCACGGCAGUGGCUUUGGUCCUGGUCAUCCCAGGAAACUUCGGCACCAUUGUGAACCUCUUGAGCUUCCUUGCCUGGCUCACCAAUGGAACCACCAUCAGCUGUCUCCUGUAUUUGCGGAUCAAGAAGAAGAAUCUUCCCUGACCUUACAAGGUCCCCAUCAUCAUCCCUGUCAUCACGCUCCUUGCUUCUCUCUACCUGGUGCUGGCACCCAUCAUCGACCAUCCCCCGACAGAGUUCCCGUACAUCUUCCUGUUCCUGCUCAGUGGCUUCCUGGUCUAUUUCCUGUUUGUCUACUUCUGGUGCCAGCCCAAGUGUUUGCAGAUGGCCACUCUGCAUCUCCAGCUGCUCCUGGAAGUUGCUCCAACCACUAAAAAUGUUAACUAAAGGGCUGGACAGGUCUGCACUGCCCUCUUUGCUGCAGACACCUCCAUCCCCACACAAGUGGCCUUGCUAGCUUCUCUGUAGGUUGACUGUGCAUAAUGCUAAUAAGAUCCUAAAGAGCUAUAACACGGCUGUCGUGGAGCUUUGGGUUAUCCAUGCAAGACAGUGUCCCCUUCCUUCUCUAAGAACUGCUCCUUCAACACAGCUGGAUCUCACAGCCACUCUCGUGUUACACGACUUCCCCUCUGGGUCAUAGCUAUUUGAUAGCUAUUUGUAACCCAGGUGGGCACCACGAAUCCAUUCUCUUUGCCUGGGAUUUUGGAAUUAGAAUUAUGAUGGCUGCUUGAUCUGAGGAAUUGCAAAUCUUGGGAUCUAUGUGGGGCCAUCUUCCAUCAUGUGGGCAGAGAAGCAGAGAAAGCCACUGUGCAGAGAAGAGUGAAGAAGAUAUAGAGCGAGAUGGAGUUGAGAAAUUAUGUGGUCUCCAAGAGUUGGGGGGAAAACCUGAGAGGGCAGCAGCCUUGAUCCUUGGUUGUUUUUACAGUUCUGGUCUCUGGCUUCCUGUGGUCUGACUGC